CAAAAGUGCAAUGCAAUCAUUGCAACUUUAAAUUGAAAAAGCAAAAGGAUGGAACGACCACACAAUAUAAAAGACAUUUAGACAGUUGCAUAAAACGCAGAAUCAAUCUUUCAGGGCAAAGGAACAUUUGUGUGGUUCCAUCGACACAAAAAUCGGAGAGUGUCAGUGGUGUUCAGAGUUGGAAGUAUGAUCAAGCAAGGAUGAGGGAGGUUAUAUCUCACAUGAUUAUGGUUCAUGAAUUGCCAUUUUCGUUUGUUGAGUAUGAACUCUUCAACAUAGUCAUGCAAUCUGCAAGUCCAUAUUAUGAGCGGAUUGGUCGAACAGCAACCACAAAAGAUUGUUGGUCAACUUAUGAGCUAGAAAAGAAACGAGUACAAGGAUUGUUGAAUUCAGUUGACAAAAUUAGUAUCACAACUGACAUAUGGACAUCAAAUCAGAACAUUCAAUACAUGGUGAUAACUUCUCAUUUUGUGGACAUGGACAGUAAGUUGCAGAAAAGAGUUCUAAACUUUGUUGAAGUGCUUCCCCCGCAUACCGGUAUAUGUGUUUGUGAUGCAAUAUACAAAUGUUUGCAAGGAUGGGGUAUUGAAGAGAAAGUGUGGACAAUCACAGUGGAUAAUGCUUCUUAUAAUGAUUCAGCUGUGAGGUUGUUGCAUGACUCUCUUUCUUUUCAUACAACUUUGCCACUAGAAGGUAAGUUGUUUCAUGUUCGUUGUUGUGCACACAUAUUGAACAUUCUUGUGCAAGAUGGCCUUUCUGAGAUUAAGUCUAUCAUUGAAAAUGUCAGAGAUAGUGUCAAGUAUAUUAGUGCUUCACCUCAACGGUUGCAUAGUUUUAAUGAGAUUUGCAAACAGCUCCAAGUGCCUAACAAGAAGUUGAUUUUAGAUUGUUGCACUAGGUGGAAUGCAACAUUUGCUAUGUUAUCUUGUGCUUUGGAUUUCAAGCAAGUAUUUCCUCGGUAUCAACUUCGAGAUCCAAAUUACAAAUGCUUGCCUUCUGAGGAUGAUUGGCAAAGGGUUGAAGAGAUUUGCUCUUUACUGGUGCAUUUCAAUGAAGUUACUAAAAUUAUCUCAGGUUCUGAAUAUCCAACAGCAAAUUUGUUUCUUCCUGAACUAUAUAACAUCAAAGAAAUUCUCGGUCAAAAGUCUGAAAGUGUAGAACCUUGGAUGAAAAACAUGGCCCAAAGGAUGCAGCAUAAGUUUGACAAAUAUUGAGGUAGUAGCAAUCUAUUACUUUCUAUUGCUGCUGUUUUAGAUCCUAGAAAUAAGAUGACAUUUAUCCAAUUUGCUUUUCCAGUCAUUUAUUCUGAAAAGGAAGCUACUACACAAAUUGGUAUUGUUCGUGAUGCUUUGUAUGAGUUAUACAGGAUCUAUUUGGAUAAACAUACAACAGCUUCAAACCAAUUAAUGGAAAAUGAUUCUCAAGCAAGGAAUACUUCUG